AGGUAUAUCCAGCGCUGGUUAAGUGAUUAUUGUGUGCUGGAUGUGGUUAGAGGAUAAGCACUCUGCUGAUAUUGUCACUUCACAGAUGAGAAAGCGAAGCAUAAAAAGUUAAGCUUUGGGUUCAAGUUGAGACCUGGUGGAAGGAGAGAGAAAAUGGAUUCUCAUUUUUCAGCAGAGAACUCAACUCUGGCCAUUAAUAUGAAUGAGACUUUAACUCAUGGAUUUAAUUUCACCAAUGACCCACCUUCAAUGUCCAUAACAAGGCUUUUCCCAGCCUUGCUAGAAUGCUUUGGCAUAGUCCUUUGUGGCUACAUAGCGGGAAGGGCCAAUGUCAUAACAUCAACACAGGCCAAAGGACUGGGAAAUUUCGUCUCCAGAUUUGCCCUUCCAGCUUUAUUAUUCAAAAACAUGGUUGUACUUAAUUUCUCUAAUGUGGAUUGGGCUUUCCUAUAUAGUAUCUUAAUUGGCAAAGCCUCUGUGUUUUUCAUUGUAUGUGUUUUAACCUUAUUGGUUGCCAGUCCUGAGAGUCGAUUUAGCAAAGCUGGACUAUUCCCUAUUUUUGCUACACAAAGCAAUGACUUUGCAUUGGGAUAUCCUAUAGUUGAAGCUCUGUAUCAAACUACAUACCCAGAAUAUCUGCAGUAUAUUUAUUUGGUGGCACCAAUAUCUCUUAUGAUGUUAAACCCUAUAGGGUUUAUCUUCUGUGAAAUCCAGAAGUCUAAGGACACUCAAAAUGCUUCCCAAAAUAAAGUAAAGAUUGUGGGACUCGGAUUUCUACACGUAUUACAGAACCCGAUAGUAUUCAUGGUCUUUGUUGGCAUCGCCUUCAAUUUUAUUCUUGAUAAAAAGAUCCCUGUGUAUAUGGAAAAUUUUCUUGAUGGACUUGCAAGUUCCUUCUCUGGGUCAGCCCUGUUUUAUCUCGGUCUGACGAUGGUAGGGAAAAUAAAGCAACUGAAGAAGUCGGCAUUCGUCAUGCUCACUCUUCUCAUCACGGCUAAACUCCUGGUGCUGCCCCUUCUGUGCAGAGAAAUGGUAGAACUCUUGGACAAGGGUGACAGUGUAGUGAACCACACAAGUUUGUCGAAUUAUGCCUUUCUCUAUGGCGUCUUCCCUGUAGCUCCAGGAGUGGCUAUCUUUGCAACACAGUUCAACAUGGAAGUAGAGAUUAUAACCUCAGGAAUGGUAAUAAGUACAUUUGUGUCUGCUCCAAUCAUGUAUGUUUCUGCCUGGUUAUUGACCUUUCCCACCAUGGAUGCUAAGCCAUUGGCAUAUGCCAUUCAGAAUGUUAGUUUUGAUAUAAGUAUUAUCAGUCUGGUCUCCUUGAUCUGGUCUCUGGCUGUUCUUCUCUUGAGUAAGAAAUACAAGCAGCUUCCUCAUAUGUUUACAACUAAUUUACUCAUUGCUCAGUCUAUUGUUUGUGCUGGAAUGAUGAUAUGGAAUUUUGUUAAAGAAAAAAAUUUUGUUGGACAAAUUUUGGUGUUUGUUCUAUUGUACAGCUCCCUGUACAGCACCUAUUUGUGGACAGGCCUUCUAGCAGUUUCUUUGUUUCUUUUAAAAAAGAGGGAGAGCAUGCAGAUCCCUGUGGGAAUUAUCAUAAUAUCUGGCUGGGGAAUCCCUGCUCUCCUUGUUGGUGUGCUUUUGAUAACUGGAAAACACAGUGGAGACAGCAUCGACUCCGCCUUCUUUUAUGGAAAAGAGCAGAUGAUCACCACAGCCGUCACCCUGUUCUGCAGCAUCCUCAUCGCUGGUGUGUCACUCAUGUGCAUGAACCGCACCACCCAAGCUGGGCACUAUGAAGGUUUCGGCCAGUCUCAGAACCACAAACCAGUAGAGCCUGCAAGCACUGCAUUUGAGGGGAGCCCAGCACCAACAAAUGAACCAGAGCUCUUUCCAAGUUCUAUCCCAGAGACAAAUUGCUGUUCUUGUUCCUUGGGAAAUGGUGACUUACGCUGUCCAUCAAUAGAGCCAGUAACAAACGCAAGUGCCAGUGGGCCUGUGCCUUCUUCCUUUGAGAAAACAGAUCACUGUGUGAGUCGCUGUGACUCCCAAAGCUGCAUCCUAGCCCAGGAGGAAGAGCAGUACCUGCAGACUGGAGACCCCCAACUGACCAGACAUGUGCUGCUGUGUUUACUUCUCAUCAUUGGCCUGUUUGCUAAUCUCUCUAGCUGUUUGUGGUGGCUGUUCAACCAUGAGACUGGACGACUCUAUGUGGAAUUGCAGUUCUUCUGUGCAGUGUUUAACUUCGGCCAGGGAUUUAUUUCCUUUGGAAUCUUUGGUUUGGACAAACAUUUAAUCAUCCUACCUUUCAAAAGAAGGCUUGAAUUCCUGUGGAACAAUAAGGAGAUGGCAGAAAACAGAGAGUCCCCUGUUUCUGAGGAGAUAAAAAUGACCUGUCAACAAUUCGUACAUUAUCACCGAGACCUGUGCAUCCGAAACAUCGUCAGAGAAAGAAGGUGCGGUGCAAAGACUUCCGCGGGGACUUUCUGUGGCUGUGACCUGGUGAACUGGCUAAUUGAAGUUGGCCUUGCCUCUGACCGUGGUGAAGCUGUGAUCUAUGGGGACAGACUGGUGCAGGGGGGAGUCAUCCAACACAUCACCAAUGAAUACGAAUUUCGGGACGAGUAUCUGUUCUACAGAUUUCUUCAGAAGAGUCCUGAACAGAGUCCUCCUGCCGUUACUGUAAGCAACCCCCAACAGGAAGGCUACAAAGAAACUGGCCACUCGUCGCCAUCCUCACUGUCCCCUAAGACUUAAAUGAUGCACUCGAGACCCCCACGUGGACUCGUACCCUCUAGCCUCCCACCUGGCACUCUCGGCUGUGGAUCCUGGCUCAGGCAGGCUACCUUCCUGAGCCUCCUUCAUCUCUGCUGUAAGUGGCAAAUGCAUUCCUACCCGUACUGACACGCUGUAACCUUAUGUGCAUGGAAAGCACACAGGAAACUGACAAGAGAAGCCUGAAGUUAAAUGAUCUGAUGAUGGGUACAAUAAUGCUAUAGGUGCCUCUAUUGCACCGAUAUUUUAAAAUCAUUUCUUUCUGUAACUGUUCAUUAUAAUUUCAAAGUCACUAUCCAACUGGCUGGUAUUUUUAAACUGCCAAAUUUGGCAGGAUUGCUGCUCUAAAAAUGAUCCUUAAGACAACUUUACAUUUAUCGAUCACACUUCCCCCAAACAGACUUUUAUUUGUUCUAGUAAAAACUUUUAUUUCUCUUUCCACUUCUUUGGCAAAUACUACCAUUUAAAAAUUAGAACUACUGUUUUGUUUUUGAGAUCAGGUCUCAUGUAGCCAGGCUGGCCUCAAAUUCCCUAUGUAACCAAGGAUGGUUUUGAACUACGGACCUUCCUGCCUCUGCCUCCUGAGUCCAGGGCUUAUUGGUGUGAGCCACCAUGCCUGGCUAACCCCACUAUUUUUUAGAAGUAAUUUUUAAAUUUAUUUUUGAUAAAACACCAGUUUUAAAGCUUUGCCUUUUCCUGUCUUCUAUCUAGAGUAUUAAUAUGUGUCAAUAAGAAGAAAGUAAGAACAUUAAUAUCAUCUCUAUAAUCUUUCCAGUUAAAAUUUUAAGUAAUCUGAGCAUAUUCAUUUAAAUGUUAUCAAAAGUGUUGCCAUGAGAUGUACUAUUUCUGGUACUUUCAAAGUAUCAUGUUGUAGAAGGAAAAUCUGUUUUAGUCCCUGCAUUGAAAAAGUAUGUGGUCAGAAAUUUAAAAUUCUAAACCUAGCAUCUUACCCUCAGAAUUUAGUCUUUAAUGUUUCCAUGUCUAAAAAUUUGUAAGUUUAAAAAUUACCAAAUGUUGCUUAGUCCACUAAAAUCCUUUUAAAAAAUGGACUCGAAGUAGAUAGCCCCGAAGCAUCAGGUCUUUCUUAACUGGUCUAGAGGCUGUGUAGUGCAAGAUCAAGGUGGCGCACUGAGCAGCUGGUAAGGCCUAGGCGCAGGUUCUCUGAUGGGUGCCACAUCCGGUAGUGGGGAAGGGCUCCGGUCUCAUCACCCUUAGAAGGGCAAAUCAACACCUCUUCUCUCACUAGCCGAUCUUCUCCACGGCCACCACGCUGUGGCUAGGUUUUGAUAUCUAAACCAUAACACCUUCAGAUAGCUUUACCUUCUGAUAAUUUGCACAUCCAUUGAACUUAAUUAUUAGAUAUCAGUGAUGGUUUAACUUAUUUUAAAUGUUACUUACCUCAUAGUGUUUCAUAUAUAAAAGCUACCUAAAAAAAAUUAUAUAUGUGGUUAGUGCCCUGACUCUUUUAAUGUAGCAAAUAUAUAAUUAAAAAAAAACUUUGCAUGGAAGUCUAGUGUAUUAAAAAAGAAGUGAUACUUAUGCUAUGAUCAUGGAAUUGGGAUGUUUUAGGCAGAAAAUUUCAUUAUACAACUUAGGGGGAAUACAAGACACACCCACACUGUAACUCCCAAUGCCCAGGAGUACACAGACGCACUUGCUCUAGCAGCCUCUGCUGACACAAGACAGAAUUUACAUACACGCAAGCAACUCAGAUUCAAGUGCAGGAAGUGGUUAAACCAGUGAGUAUGUGGGUAAACCGUUAAGUCUGCUCUGUUAUUUGCACCAUUAAGUCUGCCCUUUUAUUUGCACAAGUGAAAUCUGAGACAUUAUUUUCCAUGGUUUUUUUCUAAAAGAAAGCCAUAGAUCAGAGUGAUUUGCAGUUUCAGAUGAUAAAGGCCUUUAAGGGGUGUUUCUAGGAUUAAGGAUAAACUAAUUUUAUUAAGUGAAAAUAUUUGUAUGUUACUUUCUCACUGAUGGCACGUUUCUCAAUAAAAUACUUAUUUUAACUUGCA